GCAGCUGCCUAGUUAGUACACCGAUCACUUCGCUCCACACGAGACGUCGACGCGCCUACGGCCUACCAAUUUUUCCCUUGCUCAGCGGCUGCGCCUGUUGCUUCUGUCGUUGCCAUGGACAACAGCUACUCGUCGUCACCGCUGCACAUCGUGAUCUGCCCGUGGCUCGCCUUCGGCCAUCUACUGCCAUGCCUCGACAUCGCCGAGCGCCUGGCGUCGCGGGGCCACCGCGUGUCGUACGUUUCCACGCCACGCAACAUCGCGCGCCUCCCGCCGGUCCGGCCCGCCGUCGCGCCGCUCGUCGACUUCGUGGCGCUGCCGCUCCCGCACGUGGAAGGGCUGCCCGAAGGCGCCGAGUCCACCAACGACGUCCCGUACGAGAAGUUCGAGCUCCACCGCAAGGCCUUCGACGGCCUCGGGCCGCCCUUCUCGGAGUUCUUGGCCACCGCGUGCGCCGACGAAGGCAAGAAGCCGGACUGGAUCAUCGCCGAUGUGUACCACCACUGGGCCGCAGCCGCCGCCAAUGAACACAAGGUUCCAUGUGUGAUGCUUCUCUUGGGAGCCGCGACUGUGAUCGCUGGCUGGGUCGCACGGUCGUCCGAGCAAGCCUCGCCGGGACUGGACCUGUCGGCAGCACGACCACCAAGGUUCGAGACGGAGAGGAUGAAGCUGAUGAGUAUCCAGCGUGCGUCAGGGAUGACGGUCGCUGAGCGGUUCUCCUUGACACUCAUGAGGUGCAAUCUCGUGGCCAUCCGGAGCUGCCUCGAGUGGGAGCCUAACAGCGUCCCUCUCCUCGCAACUCUCGGGGGCAAGCCGGUUGUCCCCCUCGGCCUCCUGCCGCCGUCUCCCGAGGGAGGCCGUGGCGUCAGCAAGAACGGGGACGACGCCGCCAUGCGUUGGCUCAAUGAGCAGCCGGCUAAAUCAGUCGUGUACGUCGCGCUGGGAAGCGAGGUGCCGCUGCGCGCGGAUCAGGUGCACGAGCUGGCCCUCGGACUGGAGCUCGCCGGGACGCGCUUCCUCUGGGCUCUGCGAAAGCCCAGCGGCGUGCCGGACGCCGACGUCCUUCCUUCCGGGUUCGAGGAGCGCACGCGCGACCGUGGCCUCGUGGUGACCGGGUGGGUUCCGCAGAUCAGCGUGCUGGCGGACGGCGCCGUGGCCGCGUUCCUGACGCACUGUGGUUGGAACUCGACCAUCGAGGGGCUCCUGUUCGGGCACCCUCUCAUCAUGCUGCCCAUCUUCGGCGAUCAAGGACCCAACGCGCGUCUGAUGGAGGCAAGAAAGGUCGGAGUGCAGGUGCCAAGAAACGAAAACGAUGGUUCGUUCCAUCGAGACGGCGUCGCGACCGCAGUUCAGGCCGUCGCGGUGGAGGACGAAAGCAGGAGGAUCUUCGCGGGCAACGCCAAGAAGAUGCAGGAGAUAGUGGCUGAUAGCGAAUGCCAUGAGAGAUGCAUCGAUGAUUUUAUUCAGAAGCUUAGAUCUUACCAAGAGUGAAAUACGGAGUAUUAAUUUUG